AUGGCUUGUAAUAGAGCUCUUUCUGCUGUUGCUUGCUCCUUUGAGUUUACCAACAAUGCUGAUGAGGAUCUUUAUCUACUAAAACACAGCACUCCUCUUGAAGGAUUCUACUCUGAAUUUGUUUCUGUCUCUCUUGAUGGUGGUCCCAUUCCUUAUCAAGGACCAAUAGCUUAUCGUAUGCCUCCUGCAAAAAAUGGGUUUGUUCUCUUGAAGGCAGGUAAAAGUAUUUCUGCAACGGUUCAAAUCACUGAUGUAUUUAACACUGAUACUGAUGGUCUCUACACUGUGCAAUACAGUAGACCUUUACAAUAUCUGUCAGUGAAUGAGAUGAGUGCAAUGUCCAUCGAUGAGCUCAAGGAUUCAUCAGUACAAAAGUCGAUUCAAAUUUAUUUAGAAGACACUCAUCUUCUGUUAAGGCCAAAGAAAGAAGGAAUCAAAAUAGACCACACUGUUCUUGUCCAAGGCUGUGCUAGUGCUAAUAUUGCAAAUGGUCCACAUAUGGAUAGCGACACUCUUGAUAUUCAUAAGAGACUUUGUGCUGGAAUUGAUAAAGCUUUAAAACAAACUGGUAAUGGUAAUUCAGUGUACAAAAGUUGGUUUGGCACGUACUCAUCAGCUAGGGAUGCUACAGUCAAAGAAACUUACCAAAAAAUAAAGGACACUGUGUCAACUGGAGAAAUUACAUAUUACAAUGAUGGUCCAGAAUGCCAGAAUGAUGCAGACUUCGUAUCAUAUUCUUGUGCUGGCUAUCCAAAUGUCAUCUUUCUUUGCCAAAACUAUUAUGAUAAAAUGAAGUUUUGUAGUGAUGAAAAUGCUAAUAUAAAAAAAGAGCAGAUAAUAAUGCACGAAUGGGCUAAAGUUGUUGGAUGUACCGAUCACCUUGUAUUUGGUGGUUACUAUGGUUAUGGCGCACUAAACAGCAUUCUUCUGGCAUUCACAGAUCCAGAAAAAGCUGUUGAAGAUGCUCACAAUUAUGCUUAUCAUUAUUGCGAGAGCAUGGUAAAGAGCUGA